UCCCCCUCCUCCCUGCUCCUCCCUGCUCCCUCCCCUCUUCCCUCUUCCCUCUCGGUAUCUCUCCCACGCUGCAGAGCGCUCAGCCUUCAGCUCCCCGGACCCUCCCAAACUCUCCGGAGGUUCAGCCUCUUUCUGUCUGAGGUGGGCGUGUGGAGCCUCUUGACCCUCUCUCGCCCACUCUCUCCCGAGUCUCCCCCUCUCCGCUGCAGCUACAGGGGGCUAUGGAUGGACUGCGUUUACCUCCACUCAUCGAGGAGGCUCUGGACUCUACAGAUGACCCGUGCGAUCUGAAAGCAGAGUGCAGCCCCACCAUGGACAACCAGAUAACAGCGAAGGAGAGAGGAAUCCUGCAGGAGAACAACGAGAAGAAGGAGAUGGACCAGGAAGAGGAAGAGAAGAAGCUGAAGGAGGAGGAAGGCGAAGGGGAGGAGAAGAUGAAGGAGCAGGAGCCGCUGACGGAGGAGCAGGAGCUGGAGGAGCUGAGGGCCCAGGUGCUGCAGCUGCUGCUGGAGCUGGACGACGCCAGAGAAACCUCCAACCAACACCAGGAGAGCUUCCACGAGCUGCAAGAUCUGUUGGAGGACGAGCGUCUGACCAGCGCCCAUCAGGCUGAAGCCUUCACCCGCCAGAUCCAGAAUCUGCAAGCCCAGCUGCGCUCUGUGCAGGAGGAGAUGGACAGCCUGGAGGAGGAGAAGGAGAGCGAGCUGGCCGAGGCCCAGGAGGAGCUGCGAGUCGCUCAGGAGGAGGUGAUCCUGCUGCAGCAGACGGCGGAGGAGGCUGCGGCAGAGAGGGAGUUCGACAUCGCCUCGCUGCAGGAGGAGCUGUGCCGCCGGCGGGCCGAGCUGCAGCGCCUCAGCGAGGAGACGCAGGAGUACGAGCUGGAGAUCACCACGCUGAGGGCCGAGAUCAGCAUGAAGAGCCAGCUCAGGGUGGCCGAGAGGAGAGAGGGUGAUGUGGACCUGCUCAAGGAGGAGUGCCGCACGCUGAGGGAGGAGUGUGAGACCCUGAAGGAGGACAACAGGCGUCUCACGGAGAGGCUGCAGCUGCUGCAGAGACAGAGGACAUGCUCCAGCGUCUACCUGUCUCUGAAGGAGGAAGACGGAGAGGAGGGCUCAGACGGGAAGGAUAUGCAGACCGGCUGCGAUGAGGUCAUGACGGAGAGCUACAUGACCAUGGCCCAGUCUGGGAACUGUCGCCUGGUGGACGCCUCCAUCCAGAAGAACAUUUCUUUUGAUGGGAAGCCUGCGACACAGAGCAGCUGGAACGGGGGCAUCGGGGAGAUCUUCUCCCUGAGGGAGCAGCUCAAACAGGCGGAGGAGAAGGCCUCACAGGUCCAGAGAGAGUGUGACGGGCUGAAGACGGAGCUCCAGGAGCUGCAGGUUAUGUACGACAGCAGUCAGAGGGAGCGCGCCGAGCUGGAGGAGGAGCUGCAGCGCUGCAAGGCUGAGCUGCAGAAGCUAGGGGGGGCUCAGGGGAGUGAGGUAGGUUGGAACUCCAUUUUGACUAUCACUGCGGCCACAGCAGUGCUGCUGAUGAUGACUCGCUUGUUGAGAGCUCUCGUCCGAUGUUGAUUGGAUGGGCAACAUCUGCACAGGGACAGACGUCUGCUUCAGUCCAGCUCUCUCCUGCUGUGUCUUUACACUGAACUGGAAUUCUCUAAAAGUGAGCUGACAGCCGUGUAGUAGAAAAGGCUGUCGCUAAUAGGAAGGUACAUGCACUGAGAAUGAUGCACUCAGUCUCAUUUGAGGUUGAGGACGGUGAAGAGUUGACCUGCAGAGAGCCAACAGAGGACUGAUCUCACUCCACUAAAUGUUGUGCUCUGUCUCUCCUCCUCUGUGUCUGUGAAUAUUAUAUUUCUCUCCUUUUAGCUAACAAUGUGAUAAAAAUGAAGGUUUUGAUUUUUAACGUACACCAAGUGGUUUUGGGUUUAUUUAUCCAUUAUUUAUUUAUUUGUUGUUUGUUUGGAUAUUGUUCAUAGAUGUCUCUGAUAAUAAUGAAGAACAUGGAGUCUAGGCAUUUGAUGCACUGAAAUCCCUGAAAUGUACAUAUGCCCUUUAAAUGUUAAUACAAAGAGCAGUCUGACAUUUUAUGUGAACGAUUUGACUUAAAAUGGUUGCCUUCCUUUGAAUAAAUUCUGCAUCUGGAUUGAAUGUCGCAAAAUCUGCAUGAUUUAACAACAUGCCAACAUUACCAACUAUUUUGCCCCCAUUAUUCUGUCAAACUUAACUUUGGAAUAUCAAAUUGAUGUUCUUUCGAUUGCUAACACAAAUGAUAUGCAGUUACAAUGAGAACAAUUGUAAUAAAACUGUCAAUCCAAGCCCAGAGCAGCGAGCUCUUCUUCACAUUAUGUUAUUCUUAUUUCUCCAGGCUCGGUCACUUCCUGUCUUGUGUCUGACUUCUACUUUCCUAUUUAAUGAUCACUUUAACCGAGUUGCCAGAAAGUCUGCAAAAGUUUCUGAUUCAUCUCACCUGCCCACAGCUUGAUUUGAAUUUCAGUUAUCUUACACCCACAGCUACAUUGUUACACUUACAAAAUGUUCGCUGUAGUUUUUCUAUGUGCUAUUAAAGAUAUCCCAGCAACUUUGGGAGCGAAUCUUAGGAGGAUCAAGCUAUAAUAUUGUUAUAUCUUUGAUAAUUUCAAUGUGGAGAAAUAAGCUUUUGUUCCUCUCCAGCAGGAAAUGGCUAGUGAAUUGUUAUUUAGAUUUAUGGUGAUCGCAGGUUGUUCCAGGUACUCGGUGUAAAAUGAUGUCCGCCAGCAUCUCCUUGUUUACUGACGACAUACUUUAUGUAACAAACUGCAGAACAGAUAAACACCUGUGGACAUUCGGCUACACUUAAAUUGAUCUACUGUUGUGACUGAGGUGACGAUUGGUGUUGGUUGUGAGGGCAUUUUAGCAAUUAAUAUGGUUACAAAAUAUUUAAAUAGGAAGUUGUCAGGACAUGUUUGUUAAGGCAGUCAAUACAAAACAUAUAUGUAUAUGUGAAGGACUCUGAUUAUUGUUUAUGUUUGUGAAAUGUAUUUUUUUGGUGAAAAUAAUUAAGGUUUAAAAAAAGCAUGCUAGAAAACAUUUAGAAGCACAAUAUAUAAUUUAAGUUACUUUGUAUUCCAUGUAAAUAGUUAUGACAUAAAGUACUAUGGGAGAGAUAUUUCUUAAAUCCAUUUGUACUCGCUUUGUAGAAAGUUAAUUCUAUUUUGAAAGAGCUUCGUAUAUUUGAUAGCCAUAUUAUAUGCUGUGUAAAUGUUUAUUUAUGGUGACGUUAUUCAGAACUGCUUUCAUUGCUAAUCUUUUUCAGUACCUCUUUGUUGAAAGGUUGUGUAGUCAUUGCAUGCAUUUCAAUUGCAUUUGACCUUAGUUGCUUGAAAGACCAAUUGAAUUGAGAAAUGAAUUAAAAGUCUUUGCUGACACAUUUGUCAUUAAACAAACUCCUGAUAAGCAAUGCCUGAGCAAUUGUAUUUCUAUUUAGGAAAAUGAACAAAGGUAAAGAUGAGCCACUGGACUGAAAAUGCUUCACUGUCUAUUAAAAAAUAUAUCAGCAAUAUAAAUUAAAUUCCCAUUGACUGCAAUGGUACGUAUGAAUGUUAUAAUUAUUUUCAUGAUUUCCUGAAUAUUAUCUUUAUCAUAGUUUCACAAGCUUCUAUAUUGUACUGUGUUUCUCAGCUUGUUGCUUUAAAUAUUGUGGUUUUCAAUAUAGUUAGUGGCUAUUUUGUUACAUCGAGGUCUAUUUUGUACUGUUAUGACUUAAGAAAAUAAAUAUAACCCCCCCA